ACGAUUUAUGGUUGUCGUGUAGUUAAUCCACCGAGCUCGAUUGACGGUUGUGUUUUGUUUUUUAUCCAUAAUUUCGAAGAUUUAGUCUUUGAGUACGUUCUUGUAGAAGAGGGGUGAGGUGAUACGAGUUUCUACACGGAGUAGAGCUGUCAGUGGUCCGAUGAGGGUUUUGGUGACUGGAGGCUCUGGCUUGGUGGGGAUGGCCAUACAACAUGUGGUCAAAGAGGAAAGGGGGGGGUACGAAGGAGAAGAGUGGAUCUUCCUCUCCUCCAAAGAUGCCAACCUCAUGAGCAUGAAAGAGACACGGGACGUGUUUAGGAAGCACCAGCCAACCCAUGUUAUCCACCUGGCUGCCAUGGUGGGCGGCCUUUUCAAGAACUUGAAGUGUAACCUGGACUUUUGGAGGAAUAACAUCCAUAUCAAUGACAAUGUGCUGCAGGCCGCACAUGAAGUUGGUGUAGUGAAGGUCGUUUCCUGUCUAUCCACCUGCAUAUUUCCGGACAAGACCACCUAUCCCAUUAACGAGACUAUGAUCCAUAACGGCCCACCGCAUGAAUCCAACUUCGGCUACGCCUAUGCAAAAAGAAUGAUAGAUGUUCAUAACAGGGCCUAUUUCGAGCAGCAUGGACACUGCUACACUGCGGUGAUCCCCACAAAUGUGUUUGGUCCCCAUGACAACUACAGUAUUGAAGAUGGUCAUGUGCUGCCAGGCCUAAUUCACAAAACGUACAUUGCCAAAAAGGAGGGGAAGGCCUUGGUCGUCUGGGGCUCUGGCACUCCCAAAAGGCAGUUCAUUUACUCUUUGGAUUUGGCUCGUCUCUUCCUCUGGGUUUUGAGGGAAUAUCCAGAGGUUGACCCCAUCAUCCUUUCUGUUGGUGAGGAAGAUGAAGUAUCAAUCAAAGAAGCAGCAGACACAGUUGUGCAAGCAUUGGAUUUUAAAGGUGAAGUGAUUUAUGAUAACAGUAAAUCAGACGGGCAGUUUAAAAAGACAGCCAGUAAUGCAAAGCUGUGCAGUUAUCUACCAGAAUUCCGCUUCACACCCUUCAAACAAGCUCUCAAGGAAACCUGUGAAUGGUUUGUUGCAAACUAUGACACAGCUCGCAAGUGAAAACAGUCAUCAAGUGUGGACAAAAACAUCCAGGUCUACAAUCCAUUACUUUGGUGGGAUGGAGACCAGAGGUGAUGGUGCUUGCCCAGCUGCAGAUAAUGUGCCCAGAAGAAUUUGACAAAGACCAUGAAUUUCAUUCCCAAGUGUGCAACAUCAUGCUGUGAAGAUCAGAUCACCUAUUCUUAGGAGUUCACUACCACAUUUACAUAAUAAAAGGACCUGGUUAACUAAAUUCUAUUAAUUGGUUAUGUGCAUAAAUGUUUUAUACUUGGAAAGUGUGACAUCUGACUCAAACACAAUGAAAGUCUUGGUUUUCUUUAUUUCAAGGCUCCAUGGGGAAAUGUAAUUAAAAAUGCAAUAAGUAAAAACAAAAUCCGAAUUUAAAAAGUUAACAUGUCUUGCAAGGCAGUGCAUUUCAAGUGUGAAAGUAGGGGGUGCGGUUGCCUUCAUGGAUUCCGCAGUAUUCUUGACCAAACCGCGCUCUCUUCUUACAUGUCUUACCGGUUUUGGUAACUGCGUUGCAGAGUUGACGUCCUGACAAAGAGCUGAAAAGACCAUGAAUUGUCUUUUAAAAAUAAAUUCAUGAAAUAAUUUUAGGUCAUCUGUGUGCAGAAUACGAAACCACUGACCUGUUGCUAAUUGAUGGAGUCGGACUUGCACUUCUCCAGUCAUUCACUAAAUCAUGAGAGUCAUUCAAAGUGUCAAAAACACCCCUAAGAUUUCUUGAAGGAAUAUCUACCAAAGCCUUAAAAAAAAAAAAAAAAAAAUUUUAUAAUGUAUUACAAUGCUGUGAUUUAAACAUUCCCUCAAUGUGCUCACUGCUGAAAGAACAGGCUGGGGAGGAAGUCGAGGAGUGCAGUGAUUAGGUGUACCACUUGGUGCAGGCUUCCUGAGAGGAGACACUACAGACAUUCCAAGGUCACCUGUACAUUAAGAACAAACAAAAACAUGACUUGACAUUGUGAUAACCUUACUUGACUAUUUUGAAUUUACAAACAAAUUCCAAUGAAGUUGGGAUGUUUUGUAAAACAAUACAGGAAGUCCUCGAGUUACGACGCACUCGACCUACGACGUUUCGACUUUACAACGCCCGUGCCUCGUCCACCAUUUUGUCCCAGCACCACAGUGUUUCUGCUUAGCUAGUGGAUACUGCUUGUCUGUGUUUGUGCGGCGGGAGUAUCUUUACCUUUUUCGCCCUCCUUUUUUCACACUCUCAGCAGUAAUGGUAAGUACAGCAUCUUAUUUUUUUAUUUUAAUGUAUUUUAGUGCAGGUGUGGGUAUACUUAUUGCUCCCCGGCUCGGCGCCUGUAC